ACCCCCCACCCUACCCCCCCUCCUCCUCCUCCUCCUCCUCCUCAGCCGCUACUGCAGCAGCAGCCCGGUGCCUCCUGGAUCCAUGAAGAAAUCCCUCCUGCACGGCACCUUCCCCGCCACGAUGGGCCGCAAGCCUUUGACUGCGUUGAUGUGUUGAUAUUGAGAUAUUUCAGUUAUCAAAUAUGAAUCAUGCAUUUGAUAUUUCUGGCCACUUUGCUCGUCAGCAUCCUUUCGCCCUGGCUUCAUCCAUCACUAGCGUCAUCCGUUUCUCAAGAAGUAGAGGACAAGGCUGAGAGGGAUGCAGUGCUAGCACUGCUGAAGCAACAGGCAACUGCAGCACCUGCUACAGACAACACAACACGCCAUGCAGUAGAGCAUGAGAUCACCUACCCCUCGCGGUUGAUCUACUACCUAAACGAGGACUCAGAGAGUACCUACCAUGACCUGGACACUCGGGCCAAGAACCAAACCAAGGAAGGCCAGGCAGUCCACCUCGCCCAGGCCAGUUUCCAGUUAGAGGCAUUUGGCUCCAGAUUUGUCCUGGAUCUCACAUUGAACAAUGACUUGCUGUCUUCAGAUUAUGUUGAGAUCCAUUAUGAAGGGGGAAAACCUGUUCUAUCAAAGGGCGGUGAGCACUGUUACUACCACGGCCAGGUGAGAGAGAACAGCAACUCCCAUGUGGCCUUAUCUACCUGCAACGGGCUGCAUGGGAUGUUUGACGAUGGAGAAUAUGUGUAUCUAAUUGAGCCUUUACAACAGACUCAUUCAAUCGAUACAGCUGCAAGGCCUCAUAAACUAAGAAGAGCAGCCUCCCUUCACUCUGUCAAUGAUUCCGAGCAACAGGUGGAGGAGGAGGAGGAGCAGCUCUUCUCAGAGCUGGAUGACUUGUCCUGGCUGAAGCGCAGGAAAAAGCGAGCUAUGCCUCGCAGUGUAUUUGAGGAGAUGAAAUAUUUAGAGAUCAUGAUUGUCAGUGACCACAGUAUGUAUAAACGACACAAGACCAAGCAGCACACGAGGAAUUUUGCCAAGUCAGUGGUCAAUCUCGUGGAUGCUAUCUUCAAAGAGCACCUACACACGCGUGUGGUGCUCGUUGCUGUGGAGAUCUGGACAGACAAGGAUCAAAUCCCUAUCAGCGUGAGGCCGUUGGAAAUGCUACGAGAUUUUUCCAAGUACCGGCAGCAGAGCAUCAAGCACCAUGCCGAUGCUGUCCACCUCUUCUCAAAUGUGACCUUCCACUACCGCAGAAGCAGUGCAGCGUACUUCGGGGGCGUGUGUUCUAUAAGCCGUGGAGUAGGGGUCAAUGAGUAUGGCACCACUGGGUCCAUGGCGGUGUCUCUGUCCCAGAGUUUGGCACAGAAUCUAGGCAUCCAAUGGGACCCAGCAUCCAAGAGAAAGGAAUGCGGUUGUUCCGACUCGUGGACUGGUUGCAUAAUGGAGGAUACUGGGGUUCAACACCCACGGAGGUUUUCCAAAUGCAGCAUCUCAGAUUACAAGGAGUUCCUCUUGAAAGGUGGAGGCUCCUGUCUAUUUAACAGGCCAACCAAGCUGUUCGAGACAACGGAAUGCGGGAAUGGAUUUGUAGAAGUUGGAGAGGAGUGUGACUGCGGAGCGAGAGCAGAAUGCUACAAGGAAUGCUGCAAGAAGUGUUCCCUUGCCAAUGGGGCACACUGCAGCGAUGGCCCAUGCUGCAAUAACACAUGUCUGUUCUAUCCCCGAGGAUACAGUUGCCGCUACGCUGUGAACGACUGUGAUAUCUCAGAGACCUGCUCUGGGGACUCUGGACAGUGCCCUCCCAACCUUCAUAAACAAGAUGGUUACCUCUGCCAGGUUAACCAGGGUCGCUGCUACAGUGGAGAGUGCAAGACCAGAGAGAACCAGUGUAAAUACAUCUGGGGGUCAAAGGCUGGAGGCUCGGAGAAGUUCUGCUAUGAGAAGCUGAACACGGAGGGCACAGAGAAGGGCAACUGUGGAAAAGAUGGAGAGAAAUGGAUCCAGUGUAGCAAACAUGAUGUGUUCUGUGGCUACCUUUUGUGCACCAACACUGGCCGCAACCCACGCAUCGGAAUAAUGAAAGGAGAUAUUACCACCACCUUCUUCAACCAUAAAAGCGGGCAGAUAGAUUGCAGUGGUGGCCACGUCCUUCUGGAUGAUGAGACUGAUUUAGGCUACGUGGAGGAUGGGACUCCCUGUGGGCCGUCAAUGAUGUGCCUUGACCGCAAGUGUCUGCCCAUCCAGGCACUCAACAUGAGCACCUGCCCCACUGGACCUAAUGGACAGGUGUGCUCUGCCCAUGGGGUGUGCAACAAUGAAGCCACAUGCACCUGUGACACCACCUGGGCAGGGACAGACUGUAGCAUGCCUGACCCGCCCAAAGAGCCUGAGGCCACUCAGGACGAAGGACCCAAGGGUCCUAGUGCCACCAAUCUAAUAAUAGGCUCCAUCGCCGGAGCCAUCCUUGUGGCUGCCAUAGUGCUGGGGGGGACUGGAUGGGGCUUUAAAAAUGUGAAGAAACGGCGAUACGACCCCAACGCCACAGCCAUUUAACCCAGGGAGAGAUGGCAAUCACAGAUGGACUCCUCCAAGGCUUCCUUAGUUGGCUACCUGACAGCUGGACUGCACUUAUUGCUGCUGAUUUUUGGCAUUAGAUUUACUUGAAAAAGACAUAGUGGACAUUUUAACCAAUUCCAUCGUAGUGACAUAAGAAAUGCAGCCUUUUCAACUUCACCUCACUCAUGUAACAACCCCCACCCUCGCCCACCACCCUGAUCUCUAGAGUGACAGAGCUCCUCUUCCCAUCUUUAGUGCCAGUGCACAGGCGUUCAGGCGGAAUCCACACCACUCUCUCACCUGGCAUGAUUAUCCGCACAAAGCGUACUGCUUGCUGGCCUCCCCCCCGCCCCCCGGCAUGAAGAGCCCUCUUUAUAGGGCUCUGCAUGGCUAUGAAAGCUAUGAAUAUACAGCAAAAAGCAUACAAAGAGAAAAAAAGGAAUUAUCCAGUGGAGGAGAUAGCCUCGUCAAAAACCAAACCCAGUGGAAAGCCGGUUGAAGCUCCUAUAGUUCACAUUUAUGUGCUGUAGAUGAAUAAGGAGGCUGCAUGUGAGGACCCUAGAGGGCAGUGCAGACCACAUAGUAAAUGCACACACGCGAAACUGUACAUAAAUAAGGAGUUCAGGUUUGGAAUUAUCAGCAUAUUUUACAAGAACAUCAAUUGCUUUUGUUUUUUAUCUUAGCAUGUUGUAUAGCGGGUGUUUUUGGCAAUGUUACCGAAAAAAAAAAGGCUGCAGUUAUGAUUUGGGCCUAAAUUGUAGUCACACGCUGCACAGCCUGCUGUGAUUGUCCCAGCAGAGGUCAAAAGGUUAGAUUCACUUCAGGGGACAGAGCAGCUGUGGUGUCGAGGAGAAGCAUGUCAGUUCUAGAGGGAUUCAGACUGAGAUCACAUCAGAUUAACGUCACAAGAUUUCCCCCUGAAGUAUCUUCAACAGUGACUCAAAAGCCAAAGAACCAAUCACCUGAACAUAUGGAUGUUGUUGCACACAGAGCACUUUCCCCUCUGUCUGCAGCCAGUGGUGCCUCUCCUACUGCUGAGGGCAUGAAGUCUGUCCAUGCAGGCGCUCACCUAUCCAGCCAGGUCUAACUUAACAGUCCUCAUCAACACCCACUAUACUGGCUUUGCCUUUUGCUCUCAUAAACUCUUAGUAGAAAUCAAGUUCAGCUCUACUGGUAACGCUGCAUGCAGUCACUAUAGUGGGCUUAUAAUUCUAUAUGGGAGUCCCCAAAAUCCGCAAGAAAAAUAUGCUACAAAAGAUAGGUGCAUGUCAACAACAAAAACAUUUAACUUUUAUUUACUAUGCAAAGAGAGAUAUUGCACAAAAGUAUGGGUAAUAAUGAUAUCAACAUAGACAUGGAAUUACAAAAACCUCUGCUAAUCAGCUAAUCUUUUGUAUCUGGCCACUCCCACAUCUUGUUUCAUUUCGCUUCAACGUACUCAAACUAUGAAUGGACAAAUAAAACAAAAAUUAAAAAAAAAAAAAAAAA